GCUCUACGCAAAAUUGCAAAGUUGAGAAAACUGGUCUGACAAGCACGUAUCUUACGCAUGCGCUGUUCAUUCGCCGGUGGUGCUCGCUCAGCUGCCAAGGCCAUGGAGUGUUUAUGUUUGGUUUCGACUUGAAAAUCUAUUAGUUAAACCUCGCUAAAGAGAGGUUUCCUUUGCCGGAAAAGUGUGCUUAGUGAAAUAAAGAACUUUAGAACAAAUCGACGCCCAUGCACGCUUGCAGGUAGGCGUGGUAUGGAAUUGGAUGACAUCGGCCCCAAGAAGAUGAGAGGUCGUGGUCGAGGAAGGGCAAGAGGCAGGGGAAGAGGCCGCGGUCGAGGCCGGGGCAAGAAGCCAGUUAAGCCCAUCGAGAGUGACGGAGAGGACGAGUCACAAAUGGAAGUUGAAGAGGAACAACCACCUGCGAAGAAGGUUGAAGAGGAAAAAAUUGAAAAGGAAGAAAGUGAGGCUGACGAACCUGUGAAGGAAGAGAAGGUGACGCCUCAGCCGAAUUCCCCCGUGAAAAUUGACCCGGAAGCAGAUAUAUCUCAACUUGAAGCGCCUACCUUUACCACCAUUAACCGAGGCCCACCAGAGCCGAUGCUGAGACUCAACUGGGAUCACAGGGUCAGCCUUAUGGGCGACAAAGUUCUCAACCCCAUGAUCCACUGCUGUGAUAGGUGCAUGAAACCUAUCCUGAUAUACGGCCGAAUGAUUCCCUGCAAACAUGUGUUCUGUUUAACAUGCGCGAAGAAGGAGGAGAAGCAGUGCCCUAGAUGUAGUGAGAAAGUUGUUCGAGUCGAGCAGACUGGCUUAGGGACAGUGUUCAUGUGCACGCACGGUGGCUCCAGAUACGGCAAUAACGGAUGCAGGAGAACAUACUUGUCACAACGAGACCUUCAGGCCCACAUAAAUCACCGCCAUGUGCAAAACUCAGCCGUCGCAGCCGAGUUCACCAAGGACGAGAAAGCAUCACCCCGGCUGGCCAAGGUGGCGGCCGCACCUGACCCCAGAGUGCACCAGGACAGUGUCCGGGGCGGCAGUGAUAGGACUUCUUCGCAAGUGGUCGGCGGCGCGCAGCCAACGCUGCAGCCGCCGGUCUCAUGGACUACAAACCCUGCGGACGGGGCGGCCGCCGCGGCCUUCGGGCAGCAGCCGCCAGGGCUUUACCAGCGGAUGGUGGGCGCGGCGCCAUACCAGAGCGCGGCCGCCUCACGGACUAACUUGAUCACAGUGCCAAUUCAGGACACUUCUGAACCCCCACCCAACUACUACCCGCAGUCCAUGUCGUACGCAGGCGGACAGCCGUACCCGCCGCCGGCCCAGUCGCAGUACGCCGCUCAGCAGUACUACCAGUACCCUCCGCAGGCAUACCAGGGUGUGGCCGGCGGCGGCGGACCGCCCCAGCCCAGGUACGACCCUCCGUACCAGGGUCAGUGGCAGCACCCCCCAACGGCCGCCAACUCGUUCUACCGCUGAGCGAGACCCUUGAACUUUUUUCUAAGAGCUUCUUUUUGAACUACUGAUCAAUCCAGAAUCUUGUAUUGUCAGGCUUGUGAAUUUUAGUCUGUUGAAAUGACUCUAUUAUCAACACGUGUUUUGAAAAUCAUAAUGAAACUUAAACAAAUAAAUUAUAUUUUGCACUUAAGAAUCUUCACUUUUUUAAAUGAUUUUAAAAAAUCUGUUGCCUUUGUUUCUGUUAAUUGGUCUGCAAUUGAAUGACGUUUUAUCACUUUGGCUUAUAGAAGAAAGCAAUGCCAAUUUUUUUUGUAGAUUUUCUCCUUAAGAGUAGCUAUUUUUCUCAAUAAAAGAUCACAUCUGCCAACUUAUUUAAUAUAUUUUAAAAUUGAGUAAAUGAAUCUUGUAAUUACUUGUUUUUUUUUUGUUUUUUUUUUUUUAUGUCUGAACUAAAACUAAAACACUAAUUUCUUUUUAAAUCUUACACAAAUGUAAUUCGGCAAAGAUUUGUACGCUUAACAUUUAGCUAUUCAAUUAGCUCUUGAUUUAUAAAAAAAAUAUUACAUAUUUUUCGCAGCUUUUAUUGGAGCUCUCAAAACCCUCCCAAAUAUCAUGGGAAAAUGUGCGAAAGAAGCAUCAAUCGCAAAAAAUAUCAUCCUGAAUGUUGACUAAAAUUCACAAGUCUAUUUUAUUACACUUUCUAACAACUAUUAUUGUAGUCCUCAUCUAUCUGCUGUUGUUUUUUUGUUGAAUUUAUUUCUUUAACACCUGAAACCGAAUAUUAUAUCUUUUCUAAAGAGACCGAACUUUCUGCAUUUGCAAUGAACAGAUUCGGAGAGAAAAAUUUUUUAAUUUUGGGGCCUGAUGUGAAAUUUGAUUGUAUUAUGUACAUUUUUGAGGCACACUUGGAAGCAAAAAGAAUGCAAGAAAAUAAAAAAAGUAUUUAAUUCAGCAAUUUAAAUAUUGAUGUAUUGA